AUGGAGGCGAUGGAGGCGGAGGAGGGUCCGGGGCGGCGGGAGCUGCUGGCGACGGCGCGGCUGGGGGCGGCGCUGGCCACGCUGGCGCGGGAGAAGGCGCGGCUGGAGGCCAGCUGGCAGGCGGAGCGGCGCGCGGCGCGUGCGGAGCGGGAGCGGCUGGAGGCCGAGGCGCGGGAGGCGCGGGGGCGGCUGGCGGCGCAGCAGCGGGACCGGGCGCAGGAGCAGGCCGACCACGCCGACAUGCUCCGGGAGCUCCAGCGGCUGCUGCAGGACGAGCGGGCGCGGCGGCGCGAGGCGGAGCUGGGCCUGGAGGCGGAGCCGCGGGAGCUGCGGGCCGAGCUGGAGCGCCUGCGGGGCCACUUCCAGGCGCAGCUGCUGCAGGAGGCCGGCAAGGCCGCCCAAGCCGACGAGCACCUCCGGAUGGGAGAGCAGCGCGGAGCCGCCCUGGAGGCCCGGAUCUCGGAGAUGUCUGAGCUGCUGGGCGCCUACGAGAAGGCCAGGCAGAAGGACCAGGCUGCCAUCCGGAAACUGAAGGACCGCCUUGUCCAGCUGGACCUGGAGAACAAGACCCUGGCCGUGGCUGCCUCCGGCCACGCCGCCGUGGGCCUGGCCCUGCAGGACGGCCACCUGGACGCCAACGUGCUAAGCGACAAGGUGGAGAAGCUGGCGGAGCUGGCGCGAGUGGCCGCUGGGCGUGCCCCCUCUCUCACGGGGGGGGAGGACGUCGAGGCUCUCUGCCCGGCUCAGCCCCCGAAGGAUGCGGAGUCUGGGGACGGGGAGAAGGCCACCGUGGCCUAUUACCAGCAGGAGCUGAAGCAGCUGAAGGAGGAGUUUGAGAGGUACAAGGUCAGGGUGCAGGUGGUCCUGAAGAGCAAAUCGGCCAAGGAUGGGAACCUGGCCAAGGAGCUGGAGGAGAGCCAGGAGCAGCUGUCAGAGCUGAAGGAGAAGUACGUUGCCCUCCGCCUGUCCUGCGAAGCGGAGGCCAAGCUGCACCAGGAGCAGCUGGAGGCCAAGAGGCGAGAGGCGGCUCUCCUCCAGCAGCUCCACCGGCAGGAGCUGGAGCAGUGCCUGUCGGAGGGCCGGGAGAAGGCCCUCCGGCUGGAGGAAGAGAUGCACAAGCAGCGCGAACGGGCCCUGGCCAUCCUGGCAGAAAAGGACCAGGAGCUGCAGCAACUGAGGCUCCUGGCCUUGCCCUUAGGGCUGCAGGCUCCCAGGGCAGCCGCAGGGUGGCCGGUUAACGGUGGCAGCGGCAGCGGCAGCGCCCACAGUGACAGUGGGGUGGGUGACGAUGCUCUGGAGCCCCUGGCCCUGCCCCUCCCUGCCCCCAACGAGCCCACCUUCCUGCUGUACACGGAGCAGCUGGCCCGGAAGGAGGUGGAGGUCCUGGCCCUGAAGAAGCAGAGGCACCAGCUGGAGACGGAGGCUCACCAGUUGCAGGAGAAGCUGCUGGAGGAAGGAGAGAAGCACCGAGAGGAGGUCUCUCUGCUCCAGGGACACAUUCAGAAGACCUUCAGGGACCGGAGCAGGGAGGGGGCUAACCUGGAGUAUCUCAAGAACAUUUUCUACAGGUUCCUGACUUUGACAGAUUUGCUGGGACGCCAACAAACCCUGACGGCCAUAUUGACUAUUUUGCAUUUCAGCCCAGAAGAGAGACAGGCUGUCCUGAGCCAGAUCCUGGUUCUGGUGUGCAUCUACCUGGUGACCCUCUCCCUCAGCCUGCUGGGCAGUGGCUCCAUUCUGGCCAUGGCCGUCCGCCGAAGACAAUGCUGCUGUGACCAGCUCCGUCCUCUCGUGGUCCUCUCACUCGCUGACUUCCUGGGCGCUGCGGUGCUGAUCCCCACCAUGGCCAUCCACCUCCUCCCCGCCCAGCCCUUUGGGGUGGCCCACCGCUUCUGCCCGUAUGGGCGGAUGUUUGGCAUGAUGUUCUACGCCAUCUCUCUGCUGAUGGUGCUGGUCUACGCCUGUGAAGUGAACCGGGCGGUCAGAGGCUGGAGAGUGACUCAGGAGAGCAGCUCCUGCUGCCCCCCCAGGUUCCAGCUGGCUCUGCCCUACACCCUGGCUUGGUUGCUCCCUUGCCUGGUAGUUGUGGCCCUGAUGGUCCUAAGCAGAGGGCCCCUGAGUAGCGAGGCCCUCCUCCAGCCUUUGCCCCAGGCAGGCCAGGACCCCUCGGGGGCCUCCUCCAACGUCUCCUGCUCCAGCUGCCUGAUGCUCAUCCACCUCUCCCACAACUCCUGCUCUAAGGCCCCCAGGAGCCCAGGCCCCCCUCUCACCCCUCAGCACUCCAGCAAGGAAAGCAGCAUCAUCUUCCUGGCGUUUGUGGCCUUGGUUGUGUCUGCUUGUGUGGUUCUCUACUGCAGGGUGAAGAGGUGGCAAUGCCGGGACCGGCACGGGCUGCAGAGCGAGGGUCUUGCCGGCAGAAGCCGUGUCAUCCGCAGCUUCCAGCUGGUCCUCGUGCUCUGCUGGAUGCCAGCUUGCCUCCUUGUGGUGCUAUCGUUCACCGGCCUGCAGCUCUCCACCCUUUUCCCUCUCUUGGUGGCCACGGCCCUGACUGCCCCCCUCCAGGGCUUCCUGCACAGCCUGGUCUAUGGCUGGUUGAGGGGCAGCUUCCGCCAGGAGGUUGCGGGCGAGCGGCUCCCACUGUAUUGCUCGCCGGACCUGAAGGCCUCCUUCGAUGACUCCUUGGCUGCGUCUGGCUAGCCCUGAAAGCCUCUCCGGCUCCAGCUGCGCACGAGAGAGAGCACCCCUUGAGUAACAGAGCCGGAAGGGGCCUCGGAGGUCUUCUACUCCAACCCCCUGCUUCAGCAGGAGACCCUCCUGCUCAAUAAAAUGUGUACG